AUGCCCUUCGCAUCCGCACGAAAUUGCAAGACCGGACUCAACUACUGCGGCCGUGCGCUCCUGAGCAUCGGCAACUACAAAGCCCAAGUCAACCAAGCGCUUAAAGACGAAGGCCAGCCGACAGACCAGAAGCACAUCGACGAUGCGCUGUUCUACUGCAAGGGCGGUGAUAAUGGAGAUAUUGAGUUCCAGUCGUUCUGUGGAGAGGGGAGGUGCAUUAGUGGCGGGGACAAUACGAGGGAUUAUUGCAGGAGGGUCGUUGUGUUCAAGUCUUGA